AUGGUGUCAAAGGUAGGAAGGCGACGCCGCGCGAAAAAUCACGAGAACACUGCCGACUGUCCUUUCAAAGUCACCAGAGUAUUGGUGCCCCCUGAUGAAAAACUACACUAUGCCACGACGCAGGGGAGAGUUGAUUCUCGCGGCAGACUAGAGCGACUACAACAGUCUCCAUUUGAUCCUCCAGGGGCGUUCAAAUCGCAUCGUACGAUGAAUCUGUCGUAUUCUAUCGCGCCACACAAGCCGUGGUACGAAAUGAGACGCUACAAUAGCUUUGUUCGUGUCAAGUUUCUUGUUGAUGAUUUUGUGUACGUCUCCAAUGACACGACCAUUGAGCGACAGAUGGGUACUACGAACGACCUUGAUCAACUUGACUACUGGGUCGCAAAAAUCCUCGAGAUCAGGGCAUCAGACGAGUACCACGUCUACGCGCGCAUCUAUUGGAUGUAUUCUCCGGAUGACCUGCCUCGGGAUGUCUUAGACGGUGAUAACCUGGUUGGAGAGAGGCGGUAUAUCUACAGCCAGAACGAGUUAGUUGCUUCAAAUCAUAUGGAUAUCAUCAAUGUUGUCAGUGUUGUCGGGAAAGCUGACGUCCCCGAAUUCGGACAGAAAGACGAUGACAAAAUCCAAAGUGGUCUGUACUGGCGACGAGCGUUUGAUUACUUGACCUCACAGUUAUCGUCUGUCGAUCCAACGAAUAAAUGCGAGGACUCGCGAGUACCGACGACGUCUACGGUACAACUUGCGCCAUGCGAAGGGCAGUUGCCUCCUCUUCGACCGACGAUUCCAGUGCCCGAUCAAAGCACAAAUACUCCAUGCACAUUUGGCGUUAGUGAUCACUCUGCGUCAUCAGGGUGGAAAACUGGCGACAAUGCUGCGGACAAUGAAGCAGCUCGCACAAAUAACGAUCGUCACGGUCGACGGCGACGGCGACGCAAAAAGAUUAUCGCUCCGGCAUCGAUGUCACUUUUUCGCCUUUAUCGCCAAUCACCGACACAACAGAAGCUUUUGGCGCAGCUGCAAAGUGUUCUGGAAGCUGCUUGUUACGAAUUUGGAAAACGAUCAAUGCCCGAUAUCUUUCACCGACACGGCUGGGAUUCCGCUGAAUCGUUAGAGCUGAAUCGCUGCGCCCGCGAGUUCCAGCAUUGGACUUUCUCGGACGUUGCACCCGCCAACAGGCCGCGUGAUGAGCUCUUUCGCUCCAUCUCCAACAUCCGUCAUACUGUUGUCCACCGUCUACGAGUGAGCGUGGACGACAUAGAGAAAUUCUACAAUGAUGCUGAGACACUGCUACUUCUACUCGGAGAUGACAUACGGAGAAGAGAAAUUGCCAGGCUUCGGCAAGAGAGUCAGGCGAUAAUUGCAAAGGCCAAGAAAAACAAGCACCCGUCGCACUCUACGGUGGGCAAGUCCUUACUAGUAUUAGCGACCCAGAAAGCGCACGAACACAGCGAAAGGUGGAUCAAAGGCGAGCAUGAAGGCAGGAAAUGA